AUGGAGCAAGAGACGCAGAGCGCUUCGCAAUCGGCCGUUCAGGGCGAAUCGCAGGCUCCGCGGCCCGUCCUGAAGAGUGGCUGGGCCAAGGUCGUGAAGGGGGCGCCCACCAGUCAGGAGCCCUCGCCAGUGGCCGCCGUUGCAGCGGCAUCCCAGACUGAGGCGAAGCCGGAAUCGGAUGGAGCCAAUGCAAACCAGGCCGGGCCUGAGCAGGCUGGCUCCGGCAAGCGGGCGGACAGCGAUGGCAAGCCCGCAGUCCUCGCCCAGCCCAGCAGCAAGGGCCGGCAGAGCAGUGAGGGACAAUCAGAUGUAAAGCAGGACGUCGUUCAAGGCGCUGCUGCCGAAAUCGACGCCCAGGAGAGAGGAGCAGCAGGCGGCGGCGGCGGCGGGGCAGCCGGCGGCGUUGAUGCAGCUGACAACGUUGGUGCUACCAGCACG